AACAAACCCUGCGGUGGUUCAAGGCAUAAUAGGCUCAUCUGGGAUCCUCUCCGGCCAAGCUUCCUGUGCAAGUGUCUGAAGUAGCUAUGGCAACUGUUCCUGAACUCAACUGUGAAAUGACACCUUUUGACAGGUCAGUGGGAACUGAGAGUGGUCAUGUGUCCAGCGCUUUGCUUUCAGGAAUGGAGGACUGUCUACUUUCAGAGGCCAGAGAGUCCCCCAACUCAUCUCCUUCCGUGGCUAUCAGAGUUCAAGCAACCUAGCUUAAAGACUGAUUUCUCCACUCCCAAGCCCAACCUGGGGACUUAGGUGAUGUCACUACAGGGACUCCUACAGAUACAAUGGAAAGAAAAACUGCCACAUGGACAGAAUAGGAGACUCUUUUGCAAAGUUUGGUUUGGAAGCGGGGGCAUAGAGCUCAGACUUCAGCUAACUCUGCUAGUCUAGCAUUUGGAUGUCAGAAGUGAAGAGAGAGCACCCAUAGCACCCAUAGCACCCAUGUACCUGGCCAGAAUCUGCUUCUAGACUGCUGCUUACGUAGCACUGUAGUCUUCAGGAAGCUUUAAGUGUCGUGGUAGGUGUGGUUUUAUGAACAAUGAAAGUCUGUCUGCUCAGUGCUGAUAAGGAACUAUCAUUUGACCAUGUCUGUUUUCAUUACAGUGAUGAGAAUGACCUGUUUUUUGAGGUUGACGGACCCCAAGAGAUGAAGGGCUGCUUCCAAACCCUUGACGUGGGCUAUCCAGAUGAGAGCAUCCAGCUUCAGUUCUCGCAGCAGCACAUCAACAAGCGCUUCAGGCAGGCAGUGUCACUCAUUGUGGCUGUGGAGAAGCUGUGGAAGCUACCUGGGUCUUUCCCGUGGACCUUCCAGGAUGAGGACAUGAGCACCUUCUUUUCCUUCAUCUUUGAAGAAGAGCCCAUCCUCUGUGACUCAUGGGAUGACGAUGAUGACCUGUUGGAGUGCGAUGUUUCCAUUAGACAGCUGCACUGCAGGCUCCGAGAUGAACAGCAAAAAUGCCUCGUGCUGUCGGACCCAUGUGAGCUGAAAGCUCUCCACCUCAAUGGACAGAAUAUAAACCAACAAGUGGUCUUCUCCAUGAGCUUUGUACACGGAGAAACAAGCAACGACAAAAUACCUGUGGCCUUGGGCCUCAAAGGAAAGAAUCUAUACCUGUCCUGUGCAAUGAAAGACGGCACACCCACCCUGCAGCUGGAGAGUGUGGAUCCCAAACAAUACCCAAAGAAGAAGAUGGAAAAGCGGUUUGUCUUCAACAAGAUAGAAGUCAAGAGCAAAGUGGAGUUUGAGUCUGCACAGUUCCCCAACUGGUACAUCAGCACCUCUCAAGCAGAGCACAAACCUGUCUUCCUGGGAUGCAACAGUGGGCAGGACAUAAUUGACUUCACCAUGGAAUCCGUGUCUUUCUAAAGUAUGGGCUGGGCUGUUUCUAAUGCCUUCCCCGGGAUGUGUUAAGGAGCUUCCCUGUCGUGAAUGAGCAGACAGCUCAGUCUCCAGGGUAAUCCUUAGUCCUCUACCAAGCCAGGUUGCUCAGGGUCAUGAGAAACCAUGGCACAUCCUGUUCAAAGAGAGCCUAUGUUUUCCUCCUUGCCUCUGAUGGGCAACCACUUACCUAUUUAUUUAUGUAUUUAUUGAUUGGUUGAUCUAUUUAAGUUGAUUCAAGGAAGACAUGAGGCAGCACUGUCUACAACAGAACCUAGCUGUCAGUGUGUGGGGGAUGAAUUGAAUUUGGACCAGUUCAUAGCCUGCACGGAGGCCUUUCACUGAAGCUGAGAAUAAAUAGUUCCCUAUUAUGUCGACGAGAAUUUUUAUGAAUGAAGCACUAGCACAUUGUUUUGAUGAGUAUGAAAUAAAUGUCA